CUCUCUCUCUCUGUCUCACACACCCUCUCUCUCUCCCUGACUGUGAUCGAUCUUCGUGGUUUUGCAAAGGGGGUUAGCAGUGUAAACAGAAGUCCGAGGGUUCAGGAGAGUGGGACGUGCGAACAUGUUGCUAUUUUGCACAUUUGUUGCCGCUUGACUCGUCCCCAACCCGUUUGCAUUGGUUGCAUUUGACGUGAAACUCAGAUGGAAGCUGAACAGCUGGUGCAAGACUUCAACACACAAGUGGCUCUGUACCGUGAGCUGGUCAUUUCCAUUGGAGAUGCCUCUGUGGACUGUCCCUCUCUUCGAGCCCAGAUGCAAAAGACACGGAUCAAGGGUUGUGAGAUGGCACAAAACGCACACCAGAAGCUCUCAGCUAUCUCAGGACCUGAAGAUGGGGAAAUCCAUCCAGAAAUUUGCAGGCUUUAUAUCCAGCUCCAGUGCUGCCUAGAAAUGUAUACAACAGAGAUGCUGAAAUCCGUCUGCCUGCUGGGGUCCCUUCAGCUUCAUCGGAAAGGAAAGGAUUCUUCAGCAGUAUUAGACAGUAAAAUGGAAGAAAGUUCCCAGGCUCCAAUUUUAGAAGAAGCAUCAUCAUCAACUCUGCAAGAUCUACAACAGUAUUCUUGGCAUGUUUCCACAGAUAUAGAAAACACUGAAAGAGACAUACGAGAAAUGAAAAAUCUUGUGAGCAAACUCAGGGAGACUAUGCCUUUACCAUUAAAGACCCAAGAUGAUAGCAGUCUCCUAAAUCUGACUCCAUACCCACUCGUGAGAAGGAGGAAAAGAAGAUUUUUUGGACUUUGUUGCCUUGUGUCAAGUUAGGAUAGUGAAUGCAAAAUGGAAAGUGGACAAGAUUGUCAGAAUAAAUUCAUCACAAUACUUAUGGUGAAAAGAUAUAUCCCCCACUCUUUUACUUACUCCUAUUGUUUUGUGUCAAUAUUUGUUUUAAUUUUUGCUGUACAGAAUGGU